AUGGAAUUCUUCGCUGAAGCUGGCGCGCCCGCUGUGGCUGUUGCUUCUGCCAUUUCGGUGGCUGCAGGUGCCUAUUUGAAUGCAAAGCUCUCGAUCUCCACCGAUCUCGCUACAAUUUUCAAUGAUAGGGCCUUUGGCAAGCGCUUGGGAGAGCGCAUUGGCCAACUCGGCGAGUCGGCGACGAUCUACAAGAUGCUUGAGCGGGUUGUCGAGGUUGAAGGACAGGGAGCUGCGGAUGCGAUCUGGUUCGAACAGAAGACAUGGUCUUAUACGCAAUUGAAAGAGUUGGCCGACCGGCUUGCAGCUCUGCUACAUAGCCGGGGAUUAAAAUCUGGCGAUAUGGUGGGUGUGUACACGACCAAUUCCCCUGAAAUGGUGGUUUUGCUCUAUGCACUCUCAAAAUUGGGUGCGGUGGCCGCUAUGAUCAACACCAAUUUGCGGGAUGAUACCUUCAUCCACUGUCUUAAUGUCUCCGGCUCAACAUCGAUCAUUUCUACGCCCGAUAUGUGUCAAUAUGUUUGCGGGGACUUGCCUCAUUCGACAUUCAACCUUACUUCAUUCGACGGCGUUGAAACUGGUGCGACAGAUCUCGUCACCUUCGAUAUUCUCCAGCAGUUCUCUCCGUCGGGAAUAAAACCCGCCAAACGCAGUCCAAAGGAUCUCACAGCCUUGAUCUACACAUCGGGAACUACCGGAAAACCCAAAGCAUGCGCUGUACGAAACAUGAUGGCUCUGAUCACAUCCACACCUCUAUCAUCAGACUUCAACAACAAGUCUAAAUAUUACCCCAUGCGAACAUAUUCAUCUCUCCCCCUCUUCCAUGGCACAGCGUUCUUCACCGGAUGCUGUUACUCCGUCGGAAAUGCAGGAACUCUCUGCCUGCGACGCAAAUUCUCAGCCUCGCAAUUUUGGAAAGACGUCCAUGACUCGCGAGCAACCCGCAUUCUAUACAUCGGUGAAUUAUGCCGGUAUCUCCUGGCCACACCCCCCUCUCCCUACGACAGCAACCAUAACUGUAUCGUUGCAUCGGGUAACGGUCUACGAGGUGAGAUCUGGGAACGCUUCCGUCAACGAUUCGCCGUGCCGGAGGUGCGCGAGUUCUACCGCUCUACCGAGGGAUUGGCUAAAUUCGAUAACCAUGGAGUUGGCUCUUGGGGCGUUGGCAAGGUUGGAUUUUCAGGUCCGAUCCGCCGGUUCUUGGAAGAUGAUACAUUCAUUGUUAAAUAUGAUACUGAGACUGAGAUGCCCUGCCGUGAUCCCACGACGGGGUUUUGUAUUCGUGCUAGCUUGGGCGAGGAAGGUGAGGCCAUUGGUCGUGUUCGCGACCGCGGGCUCUUGACGGAGUAUCUGCACAACGAAGAGGCUACGGAGACGAAACUACUUCGUGACGUCUUCGAAAAGGGCGACCUUUUCCAGCGCACGGGUGAUCUCGUACUUCAAGAUCAUUCUGGGUGGGUUGGUUUCCGUGAUCGCGUUGGUGACACUUUCCGCUGGAAGGGCGAAAAUGUUAGUGCAGGUGAGAUUCGUGAUCAUAUUUGCCGAAUUGAGGGUGUUCAUGAUGCCGUGGUGUAUGGCGUGAAACUUUCCAGCUAUGAUGGCCAAGCUGGUGCUGCUGGUAUCACUUUGGAGGAGCACUCAUCAGCAGCCGAACUCCACCUUAUGUCAAACCUUUACAAUGAGCUGAAGAAGAGGGGUGUUCCCUCAUAUGCUCUACCGCGUCUAGUCCGAAUUACCGAAAAGGUUGCUACCGGGGCCACCUUCAAGCAAGCAAAGGGUGAUUUGGUAAAGAAGGGCUGGGAUCCCCGUAAGGGUGGAGAGGGUGACACGAUGUACUGGUUGAACGGUACGAAGUACCAAAGAUUGGAUGACCAGGGGUGGUCCCAGAUUGAGACCGGGGUGGCCAAACUGUGA